UCUUCUAACUUAGGCCUAACCCAGUGAGCAACGGAUAAGAGUCGAUUCGAUGUGAGGAAAUUUUCCGGCUCUCCACCCGGUCCCGCAGAAUUCCAUUCCACUUCCCGGGACUUGACUGUACUCCAUCCAUCCCCAGAGAGAAGGUCGAUCCUGAAAACUUCCCCAAGUCGUACGACGAAUGUCAAACUCCGUGGCAGGGUAGAAAGCGGGUGAGAUUCGUCUGCUCGAAAAUUUCAUCCCGCGUCUUCUUGAUCGUUCCUUCGAUUUUGUGACCGGCCGAAAUGAGAAUCGCCGUCGCCGGUUGUGGUCAUGGGGAGCUAGAGAAGAUGUAUGCGGCCCUCGGACGGCUUGAGGCUGUAGGAAACUUCAAAUUGGAUCUUCUGUUGAUUUGCGGAGACUUCCAAGCCAACCGGAACAGCAGUGACUUACUCGGCAUGGCCUGUCCGCCGAAAUAUCGUCAGAUGUGCGAUUUCCACAAAUACUAUAGUGGUCAUCUAGUGGCACCGGUUCUCACUUUGGUCAUUGGAGGCAAUCAUGAAGCCAGUUCCUACUUCGACGAACUCCGUUACGGGGGCUGGCUCGCGCCUAAUAUCUACUACCUUGGUACAGCAGGAUGUUAUCGUAUCGGAGACCUCCGGGUGGCUGGCAUCUCGGGCAUUUACAAAAGCAUAGAUUACAUGAAAGGUCGAUACGAGACAGUUCCUUAUGACACGGCUGCCUUGCACUCUGUCUAUCACAUCCGCGCGCUGGAUGUUCUGAGACUUUGCGGCUUGAGGAAAGUCGACGUUAUGAUGUCGCACGAUUGGCCGACAGGAAUAACUGCGUAUGGAAACGAGCAGUGGCUGCGUCGAAAGAAACCUUUCUUCAACGAAGACCUGGAUUCGGGGAGAUUGGGUUCUCCACCGACGAGGAAAAUACUCGACACCGUUAAACCUCGGUACUUCUUCUCCGCGCAUUUACAUGUCCGCUUCACCGCCCUCGUUCCCCAUACCGACGGUUCAUCCACCAGAUUUCUCGCCCUGGACAAAUGCCUCCCGAAUCGGGAUUUCCUUCAAGUUAUCGAGCUACCGGGUGAGAGUGGACCUCUCCGCUACGAUGCGGAAUGGCUCUGCAUACUGAAGAAAACAUUGCGCUUCGAGAGUACUUCUCGUUCGACCUGCUACGAUCUCCCGAAUGGCGACGACACCUUCGUCGGUCAGGACGAGGUGUCUGACCUGCUUGAAGAGUGGCAAUCCGAUCUCAUCGUACCUGAAAAUUUCGAGCAAACAGCUCCGCCACAUGACCCGAACUCACCCGACGCGCCCCUGCGGGCAUACGACAACCCACAGACAGAAAUAUUCUUGAAGAAGCUUAGAGGGCAAGAAGCGCAUCUUGAGAAUUCGGAGUUGCGGGGGCUAGAAGCUUUUGUGGGGAAGAGCUCUAGGGGCUCGCCUGGACUGACCAUAGAUGGCGAUGAUGAUUCGCAGGAGGGGACCGAGAGCUCGAAUAUUGUCUCCACAACAUUGACGAGUCAAACUCCGAGCGGGAAGACGAUCAAACGGAGGAACGCGAAUGUGUAUAGCAACGAGUGA